AUGUCAAGUACGGAGUUUACACCAGAGCAUCUCAAAGAGAUUUAUGACUUUGCGGUGCAGCUGGCCAAGGAUGCGGGACGCAUGUUGAUGGAUGGUGUGGAGGCCAGAUGCGGCAAUGACAGUGUUGCUGGCGUACAGCAGGAACAGGUCGAAAAGGACAGUUCUGUGGAUAUUGUAACGCAGACUGAUGAAGACGUGGAAGCCUUUGUCAAAGAACAAAUCACAAAAAAGUAUCCCAGUCACGACUUCAUCGGCGAGGAAACAUACUCCAAAGGCGCCUCAAAAGACUACCUCAUCACCACCGCACCAACCUGGUGCGUCGACNCCCUGGACGGAACCGUAAACUACACACACCUCUUUCCCAUGUUCUGCGUCUCCAUUGCCUUUAUCCUGGACUCUAAACCCACCAUCGGCGUCAUCUAUGCACCCUUUCUCAACCAAAUCUUUUCCGCUUGCAAAGGUCAAGGUGCUUGGUUGAAUGAAACUAGACGUCUGCCACUGGUGAGAAAUCCAGUGACUCCGAUGCCUGAGCAGGCGCCCAAGGGAUGUGUGUUUAGCUGUGAGUGGGGAAAGGACAGGAGGGACGUGGAAGAUGGCAAUCUGUAUAGAAAGAUUGAGAGUUUCCUAAACAUGGCGGGAGAGAUUGGGGGAAGAGGGGGUAAGGGUGGUAUGGUACAUGGCGUGAGGAGUCUUGGAAGGUACGUUUCCCAUUUUCUUCGUGUUUUGGAAACGAUUACUGACAACGCGUAA